UCUCUCCCUUCACGUGAAAUUCUCAGGCCUUUGGGACCUUCUACCUCUCCUUUUUCUCCUCUACAUAAACCCAUUUUAACCCACACUACCAUUAACAGUUCUCUCUCUCUGCCAUGGCAUCACCUAAGCUCUCUGCAAUCCUACUAAUUCUCUUCCUCUUUGCCACCCCUCCCAUCCUCUCCUGCAACUAUUGCUCCCCUCACCCCCACAAAUCCAGACGGCACAAACCACCAAAAAAAGCCCCACCCAUAUCACCAAAACCGCCAUUAACCCCACCUCCUGCCACCGUGAAACCACCUAUCAACACCCCACCCAUCACCACUAAACCACCCACACUCCCUCCUCCUGUCACUGUGAAACCGCCUAUAACCACGCCUCCGGUCACGGUUAAGCCACCAAUCAUCACUCCCCCUGUUAUAGUAAAACCCCCGGGUACCCCUCCUCCGGUUAUUGUAGAACCACCAUAUACUCCUCCUAUUACUGUCAAACCACCAAUUACUACUCCUCCGGUUACCGUGAAACCACCAUUUUCACCACCUGGUUGCACCCCACCACCACUACGACCACCGCCUGCAACGUGUCCUGUUGACGCAUUGAAGCUUGGCGCCUGUGUGGACAUGCUUGGCGGCCUCGUGCAUGUGGGUCUCGGCGUGCACGUCGCUGAUGAGUGUUGCCCUUUGAUUCAGGGCCUUGCUGACAUACAAGCCACCUUGUGCCUCUGCAACUCCAUUAGAAUGAAGCUUCUCAAUCUCAAAAUCUUUGUGCCCCUCGCUCUAAAGCUUUUGGUCACUUGUGGAAUGAACCCUCCUCCUGAUUUCGCUUGCCCCAUGAUGUGAAGGGGGUUGAGUUUCCAGUGGGUUUUCGUUUUUGAAGUGCUAUGUGCUCUUCUUUCAAUCUGUGUCAAAACUUUUUUUAUUUUAUUUGAGUGGGUGUUCAUGUUGCAGAUGCUUGAAAGUAAAAGCUUGGAUGUCUUUAAAAAAGUAAAAAAUUAGGGCAAUAAUUUCAUGCAACCCUUGUAUAGAAAUAUAAUGCAAUAAUUUUAAAAAAUUAUCUUAUGGCCAUUUGUUUAAUCCAAA